AUGGUAUGUUUCAUGCAAGGGCGAACAGCAUAUGUUUCCCAGGUACAGCCGAAAGAGCAACCAAUCCUAGUUUGGGAUAUCAAAGUAAAGUUUCGAGUUAUUGAUCGAUACAAGGUCAUCGGUUUCAUUAGUUCUGGUACCUAUGGGCGAGUUAUAAAGCCGUUGGCCGAGAUGGACGGCCGGGGAAUUCGCCAUCAAGAAAUUCAAACCGACAGGAAGGUGAACAAAUUCAAUAUACUGGUAUUUUCUCAUUCAGCAGGUGGAUUCAUGGCACUUUGUUCCGAAUUGAGUCACAUGAAUGUCAUCCGUCUCGUUGAGAUUAUUCUCGAAGACAAAUGUAUCUUCAUGGUUUUUGAAUAUGCCGAACAUGACCUUUUGCAAAUCAUCCAUCAUCACACUCAACCUACUCGCCAUCCUAUUCCUGCUCCGACGGUCAAAUCCAUAAUGUUUCAACUGCUUAACGGUUGUCAAUACCUUCAUGCCAAUUGGGUACUUCACCGCGAUCUCAAGCCCGCAAAUAUCAUGGUAUCUUCUUCGGGUGAGGUGAAAAUUGGCGACUUAGGUCUUGCUCGCCUCUUUAACAAACCGCUCCAUGCUCUUUUCUCGGGUGACAAAGUUGUAGUCACUAUAUGGUAUCGAGCCCCUGAACUCUUGUUAGGCUCAAAACAUUACACUCCGGCAAUCGACAUGUGGGCUGUUGGCUGCAUUUUCGCUGAACUACUUUCUCUCAGGCCAAUAUUCAAAGGCGAAGAAGCGAAAAUGGAUAGCAAGAAAACGGUACCAUUCCAAAGAAACCAGAUGCAAAAGAUUGUUGAUAUAAUGGGGCUCCCGACCAAGGAAAAAUGGCCACAUUUGGUAUCUAUGCCGGAGUACUCACAACUUUCCACUCUCUCAGCUAGCGGGCAUGCAAAAGCCGGAUACUCGAGUUUAGAAAAAUGGUAUUACCAGACGAUAAACUCCUCUUCCACCUCUGUACCAGUAUCGAAUUCGAGUUUAGGAGCCGAAGGAUAUAAGUUAUUGAGCAGUUUACUAGAAUAUGACCCUGAGAAACGACUAACGGCGCAGGCGGCAUUAACACAUCCAUUUUUCAGUACGGGGGACAAAGUUAGUGCCAAUGUUUUCGAGGGGGUCAAAACGGAGUAUCCACAUAGGAGAGUUAGUCAGGAUGAUAACGAUAUUCGAACGGGGAGUUUGCCUGGCACAAAGAGGAGUGGAUUGCCGGACGAUUCAAGACCUGCGAAGCGAUUGAAGGAAUAG